UAGGACUCUGGUCAUCCCAGUUCGGUUUUCAUAACCACAACAGCAUAAUAAGAGCAUCACGAUGAAAACAUUUGUGUUGUUAGGUCUAGCCACUCUGUUGGUCCUAGGCUCUGCGGCUGAGGUCAAGAACGCCGAGAAGACUAAGCAUGUCGCUCCAGUGGACAAGAAACAGGACAAGCGCCAAAUCCUUCUUGACGGUGGUCUUGGCUUGGGAGGACUGAGCUCUCUGGGCGGAAGCAGCUUGGGACUCAGCAGCAUUGGUGGAAGCAGCCUCGGAGGAAUCAGCUCUAUCGGUGGAAGCAGCCUGGGAUACAGCUCUCUGGGUGGCAGCAGCUUGGGUGGCAUUAGCUCUUUGGGCGGAAGCAGCUUGGGCGGUAUUAGCUCUCUGGGCGGUAGCAGCUUGGGACUCAGCAGCAUUGGAGGAAGCAGCCUGGGAGGAAUCAGCUCUCUGGGUGGAAGCGGUUUGGGACUCAGCACCAUUGGAGGAAGCAGCCUUGGCGGAAUCAGUUCUAUCGGUGGAAGCAGCUUGGGUGGAUUGGGCUCUGGUAUCUCCUCUAUUGGUGGAGCCGGUAUCGGACUUGGUCUUGGAAGCGGAAUUGGCGGCGUUGGUCUGCACCCAGCUCAUGAGAGAACCUACACCUCGGUCAAAACUGUUGCCAUCCCACACCCAGUUGAGAGACAAAUCCCAGUCCCAGUUGAGAGACAGGUUCCAGUCCCAGUGCAGGUUCCAGUUGCACGACCAUACCCAGUCGUCAAGACCGUUCAGUACCCAGUCAGAGAACAAGUCCGUGUGCCAGUCCAUGUUCCACAGCCCUACCCAGUUGAGAGACAAGUUCCAGUUCCAGUCCAGGUUCCAGUCCCACGUCCAGUCCCAGUGCAGGUCCCAGUGCCACAACCCUACCCAGUUGAGAGACGCGUUCCAGUCCCAGUGCAAGUUCAAGUGCCACAACCCUACCCAGUCGUGAAACAUGUCCAGGUGCCAUACCGUGUCACUGUCCCAGUCCAGCACCCCGUCCCAGUUGAACGUGUCGUCACCUAUCCAGUUCAUGUACCAGUAGAACGCCCAGUUCCAGUCACCGUUCGCAAGCCAGUUCCUGUACAAGUUGAUAGACCAGUGCCAGUCCAGGUUGUCCAGAAUGUCCCAGUCCCAGUUCAGGUUCCAGUUGAACGUCAGGUUCCAGUGCGCGUUGACAGACCAGUACCAGUUCCAGUCCAGGUUCGCGUUCCACAGCCCUACCCAGUUGUCAGAACUAUCCCCUUCCCAGUUGAGAGACAGGUUCAUGUUCCAGUCAGUGUUCCAGUUGAGCGCCCAGUGCCAGUCACCGUCGAAAGACAAGUUCCAGUCGAAGUCCACAGACACGUUCCAGUCCCAGUGCACCAUCAGGUUUCCCACAUUGGUCUUGGUGAUGCUUCCCUCGGAGGCUCAUCCCUUGGCUUGGGUCUAGGCGGCUCUUCCCUUGGCGGAUCUAUUGGUGAAGGUCUCGGUGGAUUUGGUGGUUCCCUCGGUGGAUUUGGUGGUUCCCUCGGCGGACUUUCUACUCUUGGAGCCGGUUCCAUCGGAUCUGGAUCAAUCGGACUCAGCUCUGGAUCAAUUGGACUUAGCUCAGGAUCAAUCGGACUUAGCUCUGGAUCAAUCGGACAUAGCUCUGGAUCGCUCGGUCUGGGAUCCGGAUCGCUCGGACUUAGCUCUGGCUUGACCUCCAUCGGAAGCGACUCCAUCUCAGUUUCCUCUAUCGGAUCUGGUUCCAUUGGAUCCGGUUCUCUGGGAGUUUCCUCCCUCGGAGGUUCCUCCAUCGGAGUAUCCUCGAUUGGUCACGAUCUGCACUAAAUGACAAAUGUGAUAACUUUUGUGUCCGAGACAUCCUCGUUCCUGAUACCUUGACACCCAACUAUCCCCAACAAUCCCCAACAUAUCCCCAAAGAAACUAACUGUACAGCAGAGGUAUGACCAGAAACACAAUAAACAACCGUUUUCGUUAGUGAUAUUGCCUAAGUCACCAAGUGUUCUACAAGUAGAAGUAGAACAAAUAACAAUACUCUUCCGUUCUCAGUUAAGCCAAAGUGGAAUUCCAAACCGAACAUCUGGACGAUGAGUUGCAUUCCGCUCGCCGGAAAGCUAGCUCGUUUCGGGAAUCGUUUCCACUCUAAACUUGCAAACAAAACAAAAAAAGCCCAAAACUGGACGCAAACACCUGCAUUGUUAUUUGUUCAACAAUUAUUAUUAUAUUGCACGAAACAA